AUCCGCCUGCUCAGCUCCAGACGGCGCCCGGACCCCCAGGCGCAGGAUCCAGCCAGGUGGGAGCCCCGCAGAUGAGGCCUCUGAAGGUGUGCCUGAACCAGUGCCAGCCUGCCCUGUCUGCAGCAUCGGCCUGAUGGGGUGGUGACUGAUCCCGCAGGGCUCUGGAGCCAUGUGGCCCAACGGCAGUUCCCUGGGGCCCUGUUUCCGGCCCACAAACAUUACCCUGGAGGAGAGGCGGCUGAUCGCCUCGCCCUGGUUCGCCGCCUCCUUCUGCGUGGUGGGCCUGGCCUCCAACCUGCUGGCCCUGAGCGUGCUGGCGGGCGCGCGGCAGGGGGGUUCACACACGCGCUCCUCCUUCCUCACCUUCCUCUGCGGCCUCGUCCUCACCGACUUCCUGGGGCUGCUGGUGACCGGUACCAUCGUGGUGUCCCAGCACGCCGCGCUCUUCGAGUGGCACGCCGUGGACCCUGGCUGCCGUCUCUGUCGCUUCAUGGGCGUCGUCAUGAUCUUCUUCGGCCUGUCCCCGCUGCUGCUGGGGGCCGCCAUGGCCUCGGAGCGCUAUCUGGGCAUCACCCGGCCUUUCUCGCGCCCGGCGGUCUCCUCGCAGCGCCGCGCCUGGGCCACCGUGGGGCUGGUGUGGGCGGCCGCGCUGGCCCUGGGUCUGCUGCCCCUGCUGGGCGUGGGUCGCUACACCGUGCAAUACCCGGGGUCCUGGUGCUUCCUGACGCUGGGCGCCGAGUCCGGGGACGUGGCCUUCGGGCUGCUCUUCUCCAUGCUGGGCGGCCUCUCGGUCGGGCUGUCCUUCCUGCUGAACACGGUCAGCGUGGCCACCCUGUGCCACGUCUACCACGGGCAGGAGGCGGCCCAGCAGCGUCCCCGGGACUCCGAGGUGGAGAUGAUGGCCCAACUCCUAGGGAUCAUGGUGGUGGCCAGCGUGUGUUGGCUGCCCCUGCUGGUCUUCAUCGCCCAGACAGUGCUGCGAAACCCGCCUGCCAUGAGCCCCGCCGGGCAGCUGUCCCGCGCCACUGAGAAGGAACUGCUCAUCUACUUGCGCGUAGCCACCUGGAACCAGAUCCUGGACCCCUGGGUGUACAUCCUGUUCCGCCGCGCCGUGCUCCGGCGCCUCCAGCCUCGCCUCAGCGCCCGGCCCAGACGGAGUCUCACUUUGUGGCCCAGGCUGGAGUGCGGUGGCAUGAUCUGGACUCACUGCAACCUCCGCCUCCUGGGUUCAAGCGAUUCUCCUGCCUCAGCCUCCCGAGUAGCUGGGACUACAGGUGUAAGCCACUGCGCCCGGCCUUGCAUUGCUCUUUGACCCUGAAUUCGACCUACUUGCUGGGGUACAGUUGCUUCCUUUUGAACCUCCAACCGGGAAGGCUCUGUCCAGAAAGGAUUGAAUGUGAACGGGGCACCCCCUUUUCUUGCCAAAAUAUAUCUCUGCCUUUGAUUUUAUUUUCCUUUGGGUCCAGAAGUUGUCAGUUUCUGGAGUUUUGUGCAUUGGACCUC